AGCUAGCCAUACGGUUUCCGGAUUUUGGCAUGAAUCUAUGGGGUUUCCAUUUUCCAACAACGAAAGACAUGAAAAGAAUCUUAGAGAAUACAGAAUCACAAAUAACAAACAAAAAGAUAGAUUAUCCCAAUGCUGUAUUGUUCUUAACUCCCUCCGAAACAUAAUUAAAUACAAUGAAUCUGAUCUCUUCGAACAUUUUCCCCGGCCCGAACUUCAAUCCGCUCUCGCUCUGCGUUCAUGGCCGACGGUUAUACCAGUCUUCCGCCGGGGUUACAGUGGGACGAAGCUUCUCCGGCGUGGCUAAACAAAGGAGACAAUGCGUGGCAGCUCACGGCGGCGGCGAUGGUGGGCCUACAAACCGUUCCGGGCCUCGUGCUUCUGUAUGGCAGUAUGGUGAAGAAGAAAUGGGCCGUGAAUUCGGCCUUUAUGGCUCUGUACGCUUUUGCGGCGGUUUUGAUCUGUUGGGUUCUUUGGGCCCACAGGCUGGCAUUCGGGUCGAGCCGAGCGCACAUUAUAGGGAAGCCCGAACAGGCCAUGGGCGAGAGCUUUUUACUGAGUCAGUACAGAGAGUAUUUACUGCCUACUGCGGACUACGUUUUUUACCAGUUCGCUUUUGCCGCCAUUACUGUGGUGUUGCUGGGCGGGUCUUUGUUAGGGAGGAUGAAUUUCUAUGCGUGGAUGAUGUUCGUUCCUCUGUGGCUCACCCUAUCGUACACCGUUGGAGCCUACACCAUCUGGGGAUCGGGAUUCCUCUACCAAAAGAUCAUUGAUUUCUCCGGCGGAUAUGUCAUUCAUCUCUCUUCCGGUGUCGCUGGUUUCACUGCUGCUUAUUGGGUUGGACCAAGGCAACAGCAGGAUAGGGAACAUUUUCCACCAAACAACAUCAUCCACAUAUUGGGGGGAGCCGGGUUCCUGUGGAUGGGAUGGGCGGGGUUCAACGGCGGUUCACCAUUGGCGGCGGACCUGGUUACGUCUCUAGCUAUUCUCAACACCCAUAUUUGCACUGCCACAAGCAUUCUCAUAUGGCUAUCCUUGGACAUGAUUUUUUACAAGAAAAGCUCUGUCAUCGGAGCGGUUCAGGGCAUGAUCACCGGGCUGGUUUGCAUUACCCCCGGGGCCGGCAUUGUGGAUUCAUGGGCGGCGAUGCUGAUGGGAGUGUUGGCAGGCUCAGUGCCCUGGUACACCAUGAUGGUUCUUCACAAGAAAUCGGCUUUUUUCCAGAGAGUGGACGACACGCUGGGCGUCUUCCACACCCACGCUGUUGCUGGCAUCCUCGGAGGAAUUCUCUCCGGCAUAUUCGCCAAACCCAAUCUUCUCCGCCUCUUCUAUUUACACUCCGAGCCCAGCGAUAGUACCGGCUUUCUAUACACCCUACUUCACGGCCAAGUGCAACGCGGGUUCAGGCAAAUGGGGUAUCAGCUGGCCGGGGCAGCAUUCAUCACGGCCUGGAAUGUGGGCAUGACGAGCUUGAUCUGCAUCUUCAUAAGCAGGAUAGUAGAACUCCGGCUGAAUGACGAUGACCUGGAGAUCGGGGACGACGCAGUUCAUGGCGAGGAAGCUUAUGCCUUGUGGGGAGAUGGCGAGAGGGACCCUCCACCUCUUCGUUUCAACAUGACUCCCAAGAUCCCUUCAUUCUGCCGCCGCCAUGGCACUCGCAAACCUCAUGUGUAAAGAUCAACACAGAUAUCACUUCUUCAGAAACUGAGAAUGUAUAAAAUUUAUCCAAACGCAAACCUCAUUAGUAAACAUUGACACAGAUAUCACUUCUUCA